GGCUACCCGAGAACCGCAGCCCGGCCGCCGGCGUCCUCGGUUACCAGGAGUUUCGGGGCCGGAGUGCGGUGGGUGCCAGCGCCUGGCGUCACCGCUGCCCGCCGGCCCGGACCGCCCCUUCCGGGGCCCGUUUGGGAAAUGGGGGGAGGGGAGCCCCGCAGAAAGGCCCCGAACGUCGGCCCCAGCCACCCUGUUAGUGCCCCUCUUCCCGCAGGUUCCCUUCUCCGUGUCCUCUCGAGUUUUGUCCUCAUUUAUUUGCUUUCCACGUUCCUCUCCUUUUCAGGGCCCCAUUUGCUCCCGCCUUUUCUGUUUCCAUCCAUCCACCUGCCUUUAGACCUCUCUCCUCAUUUCCUUGCACCCCCGGACAUUCUCGGUGGUGGUGGGGAGGGGCGCAGUAGAAAGGUACCGGUGGGCGUCGGGCGCCCCCUCGCGGCCCACUUGUCCCGGCCUGGCCUCCGGCCUGGGAGGGGACCGGCCACUCGCCACCCCCCAGCCCCCACCCCCUACCCGCCCAGGUCUGGGGUUCAGGUUUUGGGUUAGCGGGAGCCGCGCGCCCCCCAGCGGCACAGUCACAUCCUCAAAACCCACUCUCCGGGUUCUGGAAAGUGGAAAGCGGCCUCCAGAAAAAGGGACCUUGAGACUGAAGAUUCUUUUCCCUUCUGGGUUAUUACAAGAUAUUGAGUAGAGUUCCCUGUGCUAUACAGGUGGAAAACCGCAUCAAGGACAAACCCGAACACAAUUCUCUGCCACACCCAAGAUGGCCACCUGCCCGGGAGUUGCACGCAGGCGCACUCAGCUUGCCACUCCUAACAUGGCACAUCAGCGCGCCCCGGGGCGGGGCCGCGGGCGGAAGUGGGUGUGACAGGGACGGGAGCCGAGAGGGCACUCGGAGGCGAGGUACUGGGCGGUGAGAGCCGCUGGGGGGUCGAAGUCAUGAUACCCCCGCAGGAGGCGUCCGCCCGGCGGCGGGAGAUCGAGGACAAGCUGAAGCAGGAGGAGGAGACGCUGUCCUUCAUCCGAGACAGCCUGGAGAAGAGCGACCAGCUCACCAAGAACAUGGUGUCUAUCCUGUCAUCCUUUGAGAGUCGCCUUAUGAAGCUGGAGAACUCCAUCAUCCCUGUGCACAAGCAGACGGAGAACCUGCAGCGGCUGCAGGAGAAUGUUGAGAAGACUCUGUCCUGUCUGGACCACGUUAUCAGCUACUACCAUGUGGCCAGUGACACUGAGAAGAUCAUCAGGGAGGGCCCCACAGGUAGGCUGGAAGAGUACCUGGGAAGCAUGGCCAAGAUUCAGAAGGCUGUGGAGUAUUUCCAGGACAACAGCCCAGACAGCCCAGAGCUCAACAAAGUGAAGCUGCUGUUUGAGCGGGGGAAGGAGUCGCUGGAGUCCGAAUUCCGCAGCCUGAUGACCCGGCAUAGCAAGGUCGUGUCCCCUGUGCUCAUCCUGGAUCUGAUCAGCGGUGAGGACGACCUGGAGGUACAGGAGGAGGUGCCCCUAGAGCAUCUGCCUGAGAGUGUGCUGCAGGACGUGAUCCGCAUCUCCCGCUGGCUGGUGGAAUAUGGCCGCAACCAAGACUUCAUGAACGUCUACUACCAGAUCCGCUCCAGCCAGCUGGACCGCUCCAUCAAAGGCCUGAAGGAGCAUUUCCGGAAGAGCAGUUCUUCGUCUGGGGUCCCCUACUCCCCUGCUGUCCCCAACAAGAGGAAGGACACACCUACCAAGAAGCCGGUCAAGCGGCCAGGGACGAUCCGUAAGGCUCAGAACCUUCUGAAACAGUAUUCCCAGCAUGGUCUAGAUGGGAAAAAGGGGGGCUCUAACCUCAUUCCUCUGGAAGGGAGAGAUGACAUGCUGGACGUGGAGACCGACGCCUACAUUCACUGCGUCAGUGCCUUUGUCAAGCUGGCCCAGAGCGAGUACCAGCUGCUGACGGACGUCAUCCCUGAGCACCAUCAGAAAAAGACCUUUGACUCUUUGAUACAGGUCCUGCCCCUGGGCCCUGACCAGAUGCCCCAGCAUGAGCUGUCACUGCAGAAGCUUGAGUUCGGUCCGGGCAUGCGGUCCACAGCCCUCAACUCCAGCCACCACCUCCACCUCCCAUCCUGGGGAUCUGUCUUGGGUGGCGUGUCCCGGUCGGGACCUCCCCAUUGGGGGCAUACUUCCCCCACGCCCCUCCAGGUGCCCUCACCGUCCCUGGGAACCGGCUGUCUGCCCCCUCCCCUGAGCCCUCUCCCUGCCCCGCUCUCUCAGGAUGCCCUGGAUGGGCUGAUGCUUGAAGGGGAGAACAUCGUGGCUGCUGCCCGGAAGGCCAUCAUCCGACACGACUUCUCGGCUGUGCUCACCGUCUUCCCCAUCCUGCGGCACCUCAAGCAGACCAAGCCUGAGUUUGACCAGGUGCUCCAGGGGACGGCGGCCAGCACCAAGAACAAGCUGCCCAGCCUCAUCACCUCCAUGGAGACCGUUGGAGCCAAAGCGCUGGAGGACUUCGCUGACAACAUCAAGAACGACCCGGACAAGGAGUACAACAUGCCCAAGGACGGCACCGUGCACGAGCUCACGAGCAACGCCAUCCUCUUCCUGCAGCAGCUCCUGGACUUCCAGGAGACAGCAGGCGCCAUGCUGGCCUCCCAAGUUCUUGGGGACACAUACAAUAUUCCUUUAGACCCCCGAGAGACCAGUUCCUCAGCCACCAGCUACAGCUCCGAGUUCAGCAAGCGCCUCCUGAGCACCUACAUCUGUAAAGUCCUGGGCAACCUGCAGCUGAACUUGCUGAGCAAGUCCAAGGUGUAUGAAGACCCGGCUCUGAGUGCCAUCUUCCUGCACAACAACUACAACUACAUCCUCAAGGCCCUGGAGAAGUCUGAGCUGAUCCAGCUGGUGGCCGUGACCCAGAAGACUGCCGAGCGCUCCUACCGUGAGCACAUCGAGCAGCAGAUCCAGACUUACCAGCGCAGUUGGUUAAAGGUGACUGACUACAUCGCUGAGAAGAACCUGCCUGUGUUCCAACCCGGAGUCAAGCUUCGGGACAAGGAGCGGCAGGUGAUCAAGGAACGUUUUAAGGGCUUCAACGAUGGCCUGGAAGAAUUGUGCAAGAUCCAGAAGGCCUGGGCUAUUCCCGACAUGGAGCAGAGGAACAAGAUCCGCCAAGCCCAGAAAAACAUUGUUAAGGAGACCUACGGGGCCUUUCUGCACAGGUAUGGCAGCGUGCCCUUCACCAAGAAUCCUGAGAAGUACAUCAAGUACCGCGUGGAGCAGGUGGGCGACAUGAUCGAUCGCCUGUUUGACACCUCCGCCUGAGCCGCCACCGCCCUGCCUGGCUCUGCCGACCAGCCAUGUUAUCGGACAGAUAAACCGGUGUUAACUUGC